UUUUUUAAGAAGCUUUACUUUUCAUACUUUCCAAUGCCUAAGAAUAGCAAGGUGGUUAAAAGAGAAUUGAACAAUGAAAUUACUGAGUCUGUCAAAGACCUUCUUUCUAAUGAAGACUCAGUCGAUGAGGCUUUUAAGAAGAGUGAACUAAUUGUUGAUGUCCGAGAAGCAAAAGAUAGAGACAUCGAAGAAGAAUCUGAAGUGGAAGAUGAAAGACCAGCAUGGAACAGUAAGCUACAGUACAUCCUGGCACAAGUUGGAUUUUCUGUAGGUUUAGGAAAUGUAUGGCGAUUUCCUUACCUAUGCCAGAAGAAUGGCGGUGGUGCCUACCUUUUACCCUAUUUAAUACUACUUCUGGUAAUUGGCAUUCCCCUUUUUUUUCUGGAACUUUCUGUGGGUCAAAGAAUUCGGCGAGGCAGCAUUGGUGUGUGGAAUUACAUAAGCCCUAAACUGGGCGGGAUUGGAUUUGCAAGUUGUGUAGUGUGUUAUUUUGUGGCCCUCUACUACAAUGUCAUCAUUGGCUGGACUCUGUUUUAUUUUUCUCAGUCUUUUCAGCAACCUCUUCCUUGGGAUCAGUGUCCCUUGGUGAAAAAUGGAUCACACACUUUUAUAGAACCAGAGUGUGAAAAAAGUUCUGCUACCACCUACUACUGGUAUCGAGAAGCUCUGAACAUUUCUAGUUCCAUAUCUGAAAGUGGAGGCCUGAACUGGAAGAUGGCUGUGUGCUUGCUGGUAGCCUGGACCCUGGUUUGCUUAGCUAUGAUCAAAGGCAUUCAGUCUUCUGGAAAAAUCAUGUAUUUUAGUUCUCUCUUCCCAUAUGUGGUUCUGAUUUGCUUCCUAAUCAGAGUGCUCCUUUUAAAUGGUUCAGUUGAUGGCAUUCGACACAUGUUCACUCCUAAGCUUGAAAUAAUGUUGGAGCCCAAGGUGUGGAGAGAAGCUGCUACCCAGGUCUUUUUCGCCUUGGGGCUGGGAUUUGGUGGUGUCAUAGCUUUUUCAAGCUACAACAAGAGAGACAACAACUGCCACUUUGAUGCUGUCCUGGUGUCUUUCAUCAACUUUUUCACUUCUGUCCUGGCAACCCUGGUGGUGUUUGCAGUGCUGGGCUUCAAAGCGAAUGUUGUAAAUGAAAGAUGUAUUGCACAAAAUUCAGAGAUGAUCAUCAAGUUGGUGAAAAUGGGAAACAUCAGUCAGGAUAUCAUUCCCCAUCACAUCAACCUUUCAGCUGUUACGGCAGAAGAUUAUUAUUUACUGUAUGAUGUCAUUGAGAAAGUGAAGGAAGAAGAGUUUCCUGUUCUUCAUCUUAACUCCUGUCAAAUUGGAGAUGAGUUAAAUAAAGCUGUUCAGGGGACCGGCUUAGCUUUCAUUGCCUUUACAGAAGCUAUGACCCAUUUCCCAGCCUCUCCUUUCUGGUCAGUGAUGUUUUUCCUCAUGCUGAUAAAUCUCGGGCUAGGCAGCAUGUUUGGGACCAUAGAAGGGAUCAUCACACCCAUCGUGGACACUUUCAAAGUGAGGAAAGAAAUUCUGACUGUUAUCUGUUGUCUUCUGGCAUUUGGUGUUGGUCUCAUAUUUGUGCAGCACUCUGGAAAUUACUUUGUUACAAUGUUUGAUGAUUAUUCUGCUACAUUGCCUCUUCUAAUUGUAGUCAUUUUGGAGAAUAUUGCUGUAAGCUUUGUUUAUGGUAUAGAUAAGUUUAUAGAAGACCUAAAAGAUAUGCUGGGUUUUGCACCCAGCAGGUAUUACUAUUACAUGUGGAAGUAUAUUUCUCCUCUAAUUCUACUGUCACUGCUGAUAGCCAGCAUCGUGAAUAUGGGAUUAAGUCCUCCUGGCUAUAAUGCAUGGAUUGAAGAUAAGGCAUCUGAAGAAUUUGUGAGUUAUCCUCUGUGGGGAAUGGUUCUGUGUAUCUCCCUGAUGGUCUUUGCCAUACUUCCGGUCCCUGUCGUCUUCAUUGUUCGUUGUUUCAACCUCAUAGAUGAUACUUCUGGUAAUUUGGCAUCUGUGACCUAUAAAAGAGGACGGGCCCUGAAGGAGCCAGUAAACUUAGAUGGGGAUGAUGCAAGCCUCAUUCACGGGAAGAUACCAAGCGAAAUGUCCUCUCCACAUUUUGGUAAAAAUAUUUAUAGAAAACAGAGUGGAUCGCCAACUCUGGACACGGCUCCCAAUGGACGAUAUGGAAUAGGGUAUCUGAUGGCGGAUAUGCCAGAUACACCAGAUAUGCCAGAAUCUGACUUGUAG